AUGCAAACUAAUCAUCCAUCAGAUGCAAAUGCACUUCAUGAACAACCAUCUAUUCCAAGUAAAGGAUUCGUUGCAGUGCAUGUCGGUGCAGGUUUACAUGCUGCUAAAAACAAGGCGAGGUACCUUAACGUCUGCAGAAAAGCUUGCCAAAUGGGAAUACGCCUGUUAAAGAAGGAUCCUAGUGCUACUGCAACUAUGAUUGUUGAGCAGAUGAUCCGGAUCUUGGAAGAUGAUCCUGUCACAAAUGCUGGCCUAGGAUCUAACCUCAACUUGAAGGGUCAUGUUGAAUGUGACGCCAGUAUCAUGAAUGGCACCACCCUUGGCUUUGGAUCCGUCGGUGCAAUCACUGAUUUCAAAAACCCUAUAUCUGUCGCCCAGUUGAUCCUUCAAAAAUCAGAUGAGGGUCCACUUUCUCUCGGACGGAUCCCUCCCAUCAUGUUGACCGGAUCUGGUGCCACACAAUGGUACCAUACCAUGGGUUUCAAUCAUCUUGAUCGAGUCUUGCCAGAACUUCCGAAUUCAAUUGUUUUAACUGAGCUGAAGAAGCUUUGCACCAACCAUAAUACCAAUACCGACACCGAUGCGGAUAAUAAUAAUAACUGUAAUACUAAUAGUAGUAAUAGUAAUAAUGAUGUCAAGAAUAGCAACAAUAAUGAUAAUAAUAAUGAUGAUGAUGAUGGUGAUGAUACCUGCUCUUUAAACGGGUCCUUGGUCACCCGUGAAUCACUUCGUCGCUAUGCCAAAUUCAGCGCUAUGCUCACCGCGAGCCAUCCUCAGAAAUCAUUGGCCCUUCAAGCGACCUCUACUCUCACUCAACCAGGGAACUCCACCAUCAACACGUCCACUCUAAAUAAUGAUAUCGCCGUCCAUAACCCAGAGAGCUCGAGCAGACCUCCUAUUCCGGAGACACAAGCCGUAACAAUGAUGAUGAAGCGUAAAGCAUCAAUAGGAAGAGGAAAAGAAGAAGAAGAAGAAGAAGAAGAAGAAAGAGAUAAAGUAAACAAACGUAGCUCUAGUUAUCUAAAGCAACCUCCGCAACACCAACAACAACAACAACAACAGCAGCGGCAGCAGCAGCAACAGCACCAAAACCUUUCACAACCCAAAUAUGGGGGAAAUAUCAAGCAAGUCCUAGAAGAGGAGGAAGGUGAAGAGAUCAAUGAUUUACUUCAAGACACUGUUGGUGCCAUCUGUGUUGAUAGUUGGGGCCGAGUGGCGGCAGGUGUUAGCAGUGGUGGGAUCGCUAUGAAAUUUCCGGGACGUGUAAGUGAGGCUGCGUUAUAUGGUACCGGUUGCUGGGCGCAAGAUCCAACUAUUUCCAGUGGAGGCUUCGCUUGCAGUAUGACAGGUGCUGGAGAACAGAUCUCAAAGACCUUACUUGCGAGGACAUGCAUGGACACAUUUCUCCAAGAAGAUGAUAUAGCCAUGGCCACCACCGAUGUUCUCGAUCGCUUCAUCCACAGCCCUCUGCUAAAGAGCUAUGAAGAUCGAUAUGCAGGCUUUAUUGCCGUUAAAGUAGAACCAUCCUCCUCCGUAGCAGCGGCGGUAGAAGGCUCUAUCACCAACAGCAAUAAGGACAGGAACGAACCAUUGCAACCACUGCGGACAGAGUUUGUGUUUGCACAUACAACCAAAACCAUGGGUAUUGCUUAUAUGUCUGCUAAUGAUAAUAAACCUACAGCGAUUAUGUCGGAACGAAAGGCCAAAAGCAACAAAUCGGUGUUUACGAAGAUGAUCAAAUUAUGA